AUGGAUUCCUUUCUUCAAAAUUCUAGACCUUCACAUAAGAGAGACAAAAGAUUUUUGAAGAUAGGCCAACCCUAUCAUGGUCCCAUUCCUCAAGAGAUAGGAAACUUGAUGAAGUUGGUUGUGCUGCAGCUCGAUACAAACCACUUCACUGGCUUAUUGCCACAAAACUUAUGUCAAAGUGGAUCUCUUAGAAACUUUACUGCAUACGUCAAUCAUCUCAUAGGUCCAAUACCGAAAACCUUGAGAAACUGCGUGAGCUUAACUAGAGUUCGCCUUGAAAGAAACCAACUCUUUGGAAAUAUAUCUGAAGAUUUUGGUGCCUAUAGUAAACUGAAGUUCAUGGACCUAAGUUACAAUAGAUUUUACGGUGAAAUCUCACACAAUUGGAGCAGGUGCCCACAACUAACCGCCCUACGCAUUGCUGGGAACAAUAUUACUGGUGGCGUACCUCUUGUAAUUGGAGAUUUAAUUCAACUCCAAUUACUUGAUCUUUCUUUUAAUAAGUUGGUUGGGGAGCUUUCAAAAGAAUUUGGAAAGUUGACUUCCUUGUUGGAAUUGAUGUUGAAUGGAAAUCAACUUUCAGGGGAUAUACCUCUGGAGCUUAGGUUGUUAACAAAUCUUGAGUAUUUGGAUCUAUCCACCAACUCAAUCCCCAAAAAUGUGGGGACCCUUUUGAAACUAAAUUACUUGAAUAUGAGCAACAACAAAUUUAGCCAAGGCAUUCCAGUUGAGUUGUGUAAUUUACCACAUUUGUCACAGCUAGAUUUAAGUUAUAACUUGCUCGAAAGAGAGAUACCUUCACAAAUCCACAAAUUGCAAAGUUUGGAGGUAUUGAAUGUCUCCCAUAAUAAACUCUCUGGUUUCAUUCUGAUUGCAUUUGAAAAAAUGCGUGGGCUGUCAGAUGUUGACAUAUCCUUCAAUGAGUUGGAGGGUCCUCUUCUCAAUAGCAAAGCAUUUCAAAAUGCACCCAUAGAAGCAUUAAGACAUAAUAAGGGAUUGUGUGGAAAUGUUUCAGGAUUGAAACACUGUGUGGUAGGAAAACAUAUUUCAAAAAAGGAACACAAAAUCAUUUUCCCUCUUCUAGGCGCACUUUCACUCGUAUUGGUAUUCCUCAUAAUUUUCAUUGUUUUACAAAGAAAAAGGAGAGAUCCACAGAAAAACCGAGCAAACGGCAUGGACAGGGAAAAAGUGUUUACAAUAUCCUAUUUUGAUGGAAGAAUGAUGUUCCAGGAAAUCAUAGACACAACUGAGGGAUUUGAUGCUAAAUUUUGCAUUGGGAAGGGAGGAAAUGGAAUUGUCUAUAAAGCCAAGCUAAAAUCAGGAGUCAUAGUUGCAGUGAAGAAACUUAGAUCCUUGUGUGAUGGUGAGAUUGCGCAGCAGAAAGAGUUCUUAAAUGAGGUAAGGGCAUUAACAGAAAUUCGGCAUCGAAAUAUUGUGAAAUUGCAUGGCUUUUGUUCACAUUCACAAUUCUCAAUUUUGAUUUAUGAGUACCUUGAAAGGGGUAGCUUGGCCACAAUUUUGAGCGAUGAUGGAGGAGCUAAAGAAUUGGAUUGGAGCAAGAGAGUGAAUAUCAUCAAAGACUUUGGCAUAGCUAAGCUUCUUAAUCAAGACUCAUCCAAUUGGACUUCAUUUGCUGGCACAUAUGGAUAUAUUGCACCAAAGUUUGCUUAUACGAUGAAGAUAACUGAGAAGUGUGAUGUGUUUAGCUUUGGAGUUUUGGCUAUUGAAGUGAUCCAAGGAAGGCAUCCUGGUGAAACCAUCUCCACUUUAUCUGCUUCAUCUGUGGGAGAGAAUUUAUUGCUGAAUGAUUUGUUAGAUAUACGUCUUCUGCCUCCCACUCUUGAGGUUGAGAAUCAAUUGAUACUCAUUGUAAAGUUGGCAAUUGCAUUCUUGAAUGCUAAUCCAGAAUCUAGACCAACCAUGCACAUGAGAGUGAAUAUCAUUGAAGGUGUGGCUCACGCUUUGUCUUACAUGCACCAUGAUUGCUCACCACCAGUUGUUCAUAGGGACAUAUCAAGCAAAAAUAUUUUGUUGGACUCUCAAUAUGAGGCUCAUGUAUUAGACAUUGACAUAGCUGAGCUUCUUAAUCAAGACUCAUCUAAUUGGACAUCACUUACAAGCACAUAUGGUUAUGUUGCACCAGAGCUUGCUUAUACAAUGAAGAUAACUGAGAAAUGUUAUGCUUAUAGCUUUGGAGUUUUGGCUAUAGAAGUGAUCAAAAGAAGACAUCCAGUGAAAUGA